CAACCACGUCUAUGGUGUCGAGUGAACAGCCCACUUGAAUGGGAGAGGAAAGCCAAGGUCUUACAGGACUAAGGCGAAAGUCUGCCUUGCUUGAGGAGGCAAACCAGGAACUAAAGCGAGUAAAAGAACGAAGGGACCUGGUCUCAACAUUGGCCGAAAGAGGCGGUGGCUUGCUGUUGCGAGGAUGGAGGCGAGAGCUGGAUCCAGACGGUUCCAUGGACGUGAGCAUCAAGGAACUGGAUUGGCAUUUGAGGAGGCUUGGGCUCUUGGACUUGACUGCCAAGAAUGUUGUUGGUUUGAAAGAGGAUGGGAUGCUUACCCUCGAGGAGCUGUGUCCAACCGAUGGUGAGCUCGUCAACCGCAUCCGCGACUGGAUAAAAGAUGUGUGGGGGAGUCCAGCAGAUUUGUGGCGGGCGCUUGAUGUAAAGCAGCUUGGAAAUCUUGACCGCGAAGGCUGGAUUUCUGCAUGCGUCGCGAAUGGGUUUGACGGAACAGCGCCAGAGCUGUCCUACCUUUUUGAUUUCAUAGACAUCGAUGAAAGUGGCCAAGUGAACAAGGAGGAAAUACUUUUCCUUGAGACAGAUAGUGAGGCAAGAGACAAAGCGAUCUUUGAGGAAAAGAUAAAGUCUCGUGGGCAAGUCCAGCGGCUGUGGGCCUCAGUGUACUGGUCCGAACAGCAUAAAGAGCUGUCUUCGUUGAAUAGGCCUUGGAUGGCAAAGUUCUUUGAAAGUCUCCCACCAUUGGUGAUUGUUCAGCGUCAAAGACGGCUGCGAGAGGUCAGGAGACGGCAGCGACGUGCAAAAGCCGUGUUCUUGCAAAAAUGCCGUGAGAAGUUCGGAUCAUGUGCACGAGCUUGGCGGCGGGGAAUUGAUCCUGAAGGCAAGUUCUACGUAGACAAGCUGACUUUGCGUCAUUUUUGCCGUGGCCAGGAAAUUGACAAGCACGUUGAUUUACAGUCCUUGUGGACCACUCUGGAUUCGGACAAAGAUGGUCGAAUUGGGGUGCAAGAUAUUUCUCCUCUUGGGGCAGUGGCAUUGGCCUCCUUCAGGGCAUGGUGUCGACAAAUCAGUGGGUCCUGCCGGGCGGUCUGGAAUCUUCCUGAAUUGGUCGAUGCCCGUUCUUCACCACAGAAGGAGGGUUCAGUGACAGUUCUGCUGAACUCCGAGCGGAAGAUUCUCCUGCGCAAGUUUGUGGAAUGUUUGAAGGCACUGGGUUGGAAGUGCAGCGGCGACCAGGCAGAAAUGCUUUCUGCACUGGACUAUUUCAACGUGGGAUUCAUUUCUGAGGCAGACUUGUACUGGUUGGACACGUGGGAGCCACCUCUUUUCUUGACAGCACAGGCUUCCGAAGAGGCUUGGAAUGAAAUCAGAGAGAUUCUAUUGGAAAUAUAUGGAACACCACUCAAUGCGUGGCGGCAUCUGGAUAUUGAUGGACAGAAUGAGGUCUCAUGGGCUGAGUUCGUUUCUGGCUGCAGGAGAGUACGCUUCAGAGGUGACACUGGUGGGGCCUGGCGAUUCAUUGACAGUGACGCUUCGGGAUACAUCAGUAUGGAGGAGUUCAGUCCAGACCAUUACAACGUAUUGAUGUCCUUUAAAGAGUGGGCAUCGGGCUUGUAUGGCUCUGUCGGCAAUGCGUUCAAGAACUUCGACAAGGAAGGUGAUGGGAUAUUGACUUUGAGCAUUUUGAGGCGAGCUUGCCAGAAAGGAAAAUGGGGAGGCGAUCCCCAAAUGCUUUUUGAUUGUCUGGAACCAAGCAGCUCCAAAGACCCAAAGCAGAUCACGGUGGAAGACGUUUCUUUCUUGGAUCUAUGGCCAGAUCGAGAGGAUGGACAGGAUCCGAACGAAGAUGUAGACGUCCUAGAUUCAGAAGAGGCCCCUUCAGAAGAGACUGAAGAAAGGCACCCAACUUCAGCGAAAGCAUGCAAGGCUUUCAAAACACCAAAGAUAGCACCCUCAGUGUUUGAGCGCCUUUAUCGAGUUCCAGUGAGACGAAGUGCAUCUGCCCCGGCACUUAAGAAGGAGGACGUCGCCAUGAAACCAGAGCAGAAAGCGAAGCAAAUUCAGAGGACUUAUCAUCAUUCCUCCCUUUGGCGACAAAGACGGCAGCCAAAGACUGCGAAAAGCAAGCUGCCUUUGCUGGCCUUUUGGUGAACAUGUUAGUUAGAGUAACUUAGAUUACGAGGGUACCCACAUCCAAUUGAUUUCUGACGAGAGUUGAUCUAUUGUUGUUUAGUGUCUGAGUGUUUCUCUUUUGAUUAUUGAAUCAAACAGGUGUUGUCGUUUUCAAUGUGAAGGAUGUGUUAGCAGUCUGAGCUAGUUGUGCGCCCAGGAGAAGCUUCAAAAGAUCAGCGCUAAAUAUGGGGAGAUAGAAAUUUCUUCCACUCAUGGGCUGAAGAAUUAGUUUGGUGAUGUGGCCAGGUGAAAUAGUAGCCUGUGCAAGGAAUGCUUCAAGAAUAUGUUCUAAUCCACUGGUUUGCAAUAUGUUUGCUGCAGAUUGCCCGAAAGAGGCUGAGAAGAACGAGGCAACAUUUCCAUUGACAUCAAUCUUAUUCUGACAAAACUUCUCGGCUGUGUCCAGAAAUCAUGGACCAAGGGCCAAGUCACAGCUUGCCUUUCUUUGAUGUUUUGUAGAAUUGCUUUUGCUAAUCUAUGAUUGCGUACAGUAGUCAUGGAGGAAGACUAGUUUGUAGGUGUCUCACUGGCAUUUGUUUACCGGCAAAUGUCGGCUGACAGUAUUGAAAGACGUUAAAAAUUCAGUUCGGCGUUCAUCUCGGUUCCAACAGUGUCGAGCCACACUAUCAGGCCAUGCUUCAAGUUGCU